AUGAAUCAAACAAUUAAUGUAGACCAGUUAAAUUCAGCUCUAACUUCGCUUAGAACACUACGUUCAAGCGUCAGUCAUGUAUUUGAGACGUUAUCAAACGGCCUCAGAGCCGACCAUGGCGAAGAUGGAAAAGAUAAGUUCCUGUUAGAACUUCAAGAACUUCUUAAUAACGUCAAUAUAAAUCUUCGAGACUUAGAACAAACUGUUAAUGGACUACCGAUUCCUACUGCUCCUUUUAACCUCGGAAAUACGACAUUUCUAAGCCAAGAAACUACACAAGAUCGGCAAGCUUUGUAUACACAAUUAGUAAACAGUUACAAAUGGACAGACAAAAUCCACGAGUACUCUUCUUAUGCUCAUACAUUACUAAGCCAGAAUUCACUAAAGCGCUCUUACAUAAAUUCAGGCAGUACCAAGCGUCGAGGUAAACUACAAAGCAAUCAUAAUGUGGCACCCUUACAAGUCGAUAACGUUAUAAAUAACAUAGACAGAUCUUACAACGAUAUGAAAAUAACUAUAUCGCGUCCAUUUGCAAGCAAUGCUGUAGUGCAAAUCAAUUUAAGCCACGUCCUGAAGGCUGUAGUUGCCUUUAAAAGCCUACUUAUGGAAUGGGUCAUGGUAAAAGGAUAUGGUGAAACUCUAGAUCUAUGGACAGAAUCCCGGCAUCAUGUAUUCCGGAAAGUGACAGAGAAUGCACAUGCAGCCAUGUUACAUUUCUACUCUCCAACACUACCCGAGCUGGCUGUGCGAUCAUUUAUGACAUGGUUACAUAGUUAUGUAAAUUUAUUCAGUGAACCCUGCAAAAGGUGUGGUUGCCACCUCCACCAUACCUCAAUGUUACCUCCGGCCUGGCGUGACUUUCGCACCCUUGAACCUUUUCAUGAUGAGUGUAAACAA